GAGAAAGGCAACAAAACUCUCUCUUCACCAUAGCCUCACAAUUAUUCAGUUUUCCCAGCAUAGAUGACUAGUUCUAACAAGAGGCUUGAGGUUCAAACAGAAGAUCAAACUCCACAUAAAUGGUGUGUUUCACUGGGAGAAGAGCCUUUCAAAAGAUUCUUCAGCCAGACUAAUCCAACACUGCACAAGGUUUUUGGUGAUGGAUCACUUUUCAGUCCACUGUUGUUUGGCAAGUUCUUUGAUCCUUCUGAUGCCUUCCCUCUAUGGGAGUUUGAGUCAGAUGUAUUGUUAUCUCAUUUAAGGAGCUCCAGCCAAAGCACUGUGGAUUGGUGUCAGACAGGUGAAGGCUACAUAUUAAAAGCAGAAAUACCAGGAACUGGGAAAAAUAACAUUCAAGUCGUUGUUGAUAAGGGGAAGGUUGUGGAAAUUAGUGGAGCGUGGAAGCAGCAAAGAGACUCAAAGGCACAUGACUGGAGGUGUGGCCAUUGGUGGGAACAUGGAUAUGUGAGAAGGCUUGAGAUGCCAGAGGAUGCAGAUUGGAAGAAUAUAGAAGCAUACAUACAUAAUGACAUAUACUUAGAAAUACGUAUUCCAAAGAGCCAACAGGGUCGUGAUCUUCCUCAGGGAAAAGAUGUGGCUUGAACAUGCAGAAGCACUGUAAAUUUAACAAAUAACAGGUGGAGAACAACCAGAGUUUCUCACAAUCUUGUAGCCAGCUUCUAUGCAAAUUAAUACCGCAAAAUUUAACAAAGUUAUAAAACUCUCAAAUCUCAAACUAAUGUCAGCCAGCAUGAGAAGGCCUUCUGAUUAUGUAUAACACACAUAUAUAUAUGCCAGGAGAAGGGAAUAAAAAGAAAUUGUGGUGUAUAAAACGCAAUGAUUGUUUUUUGUUUAAUUUAUUAAUGAUUAUUUGAUUGACAGUGAUAAUUGAAAGA